AUGGCGGUGGAUCUGUGUCGGACAGGACUGCUGCUCAGCUUCCUGACUCUGUGCGCUUGUCUGGAAGAGGAGUGCGUCCUUGGCAUAGUUGGACGGUCGGUGUCACUUCCCUGCAUUUACACUGAAUUAUUAACCUUCGUGAAUAUUUCCAUUGAGUGGAGGAGAGGCAGUGAAGUGGUGCUCAAAUCAAAGUGGAGAGAGGACGGAAAUGUGGAGAUAUGCAGCACUAACAGCCUCAUCAUCUCAGCUGAUGCUCCCCUGACUGGAAACUUCUCUCUGAAGCUGCCCACAGUUGACCCCAAAGAGGACAAAACUUAUUAUAGUCUGUUCGUAACAUCACAGGGGAAUCACAGUGUUCCUCUGUGCACCGUUUGUCUCAAGACAGCAGCCAGUUUCAGCUCCCCGUUGCUGCUGAGAGAAGAAGCUCAGGGUGAUGAGACGGUCUUCUUGUGUCACUCCAGCGGUGGUUUUCCUGCACCAGCUGUUUACUGGUUCAUCAACGACACGCACGAGCCCCCUGAAGGCUCAGUGAAGACCCAGGCUUCAUCGCUCCCACACUCCCGUCUCUACAACGUCACAAGCCACCUGACGGCCAACAUUUCCAAAGAAUCCAGCGUGUCGUGCAUCAUAGAGAACAUGUACAUGAAGGAAACCUUGUCGUCCACCAGCUAUGGAGUGCGAGGCAGCCCGGUGGUGAGGCGAGCGUCAGAGGCCAUGUGGAUGUUCAGCACGGGUCUCUGCGUGGUGGUCGGGGUCAUGGUGGUGGCUGGAGUGUUCUAUCAGAUCCACCUGGACAGGAUUAGUAAGAAGAAGAAGAAGCAAUACCAGCACAGCCGUCCAGGCAGAGGACACAGAAGGAGAGAACCAGACAUAGAGGAAACUGAGGCGAUGAAGUCGGGGCCAAAGGAGACAGAUGUGUAA